UAGCUAGCCCAGCUGACCUCAGACCACAACAAAUCCACUACUUCAUCGACAAACGCUCCAACAACGAGUAAGAUGACGACCAAACAACCUCACUCUAUUCAAGAUCAACUAGCAGCAUUAGGCGUAACCACGCCAAAGCCCAGUAGAAACACGCCAUCUUUAGAAGAUGUACUGAAACAGUACGAUCUAGAUGGUGUGGAACUGACCACUAAAGCACCAGCUCCAAAGUAUGGGACGUCCAGCGAUGCCAUUUUAGCAUCUAUAUUGAAGGAGCAGGGUAUCGCACCACCCACACCGAAGAGUCUGGCUAAACAGAUAGAACAUGCGGGUGUAUUUGACGAUACGACGACGAAGCGACCCAAGCCUCGCACACGGACCACUCCGCCUCCAAGACCGAGAGGAGGACUUCUUAACUGGCUACUCAACGCUUUUGCACCUCCUCCAUCCAGCCCACCUCCAAGAAGGAGCAAGCCCAAGCCCAAACCAACGAAACCAAAAAAGCUACCAGUGGAGCAGGAGCUGUUGGCCAACUCGCCUACCCACGUCACGCCGAUCGUGACCACUGCUCCAAAAGCACCAUCGCCAA